UGUACUUCUACUUUAAAUAAAUCUCUGAACAGUAUAAUUUCCAUUUUUUAUUUUUAUUAAAUUUUUUGGGUUCUCCGAUUUCGAAGGAAUCGUCCGCCGCCGGCCGCCGGAAUAUUCCCCAAGCAGAUUUAGCACCGCCAUUUAUGUAGAUCUGAUGCCGUUCUUUGAGGAUCAGGAAAUCACGUUGCGAAUCUGAGAAUGAAUUUACUACUGAAUCACACUAGCACUAAUGGAAAUGUCUGGUAGGCGAUGUGGAUUGUCACCCAGGAUCCUAUUAUGCUGUUGUUAAGCUUUCCUUGAAAUGUUUAGUUUUGAAGCUAUUUUGAAUUAAAGAAAUAAUAAAAGGAAAAGGAAAAGAAGGACGCGAGAUGGGAUCCAACAUAGAGGAAGCUGUUAGGGCCAAAGCAUUUGCAGAGCAGCAGUUCAUGCAGAAAAACUUUGCAGGCGCUAAAAAUCUUGCCCUCAAAGCCCAGAUGCUUUGCCCUGAGCUCGAGGGCAUAUCCCAAAUGGUGGCCACAUUUGGAGUCUACACGGCCUACGAGGCCAAAAUCAAUGGAGAGCCCGAUUUCUACUCUAUCCUCGGACUGGACCCUUGUGUAGACCGGUCCAAGAUAAAGAAACAGUACAAGAAGAUGGCCUUUCUGCUGCACCCCGACAAGAACAAGACCGCCGGCGCUGACGGGGCCUUCCGGCUCGUCUCCGAGGCGUGGGCCCUCUUGUCUGAUAACUCCAAGAGGAGCUCUUAUGACCAAAGAAGACAUCUGUUUUCGUCUUCCCACAGGAGGCUGGAUACGUUCUGGACUGUGUGCACGUCUUGUCACGUUCAGUACGAGUACCUCCGGAAAUAUGUCAACAAGCGGCUCUCCUGUAAAAACUGCCGUGGUGUGUUUGUUGCUGCGGAAACUGGGCUGGGCCCACAUGAUGGCGUUUUCCCUUAUGGAAAUUACUCGUACGCGCCUGAGAACGGCUACGCGGGCCACAGUUGUGGGGUUACAUAUGUACCAACGACCACGGGCUACUGUGGGCCCAAUGGGGCUUCCGCCCAUCACACCGGGUACAGAACCGAGUACGUCUCGAAUAUAUCGUUUCAGGGUACUCCAUCGCGAAAUCUCACUGGGAUUGUGGAUGCUAAUGGACUAUCCUCAUCGUCUUUUACCUUUUAUCAAGCUAACGGGGAGGGAAGCAAGUCCAGACCCGACGGAAAACAUCAGAAAGUGAAUGCUGCUGCUGCAUCUGAUGGGUACACUGCCUUCCAGGGCGAAAUUCCUCGGCCAAAGCGCGGACGGCCCCCCAAGAAGAUCAAAUCGGAGCCCGAAAAUAAUGCAGUCGAGCCGAAAGCAGCCAAUGGGAGUGCAACAGUGAAUCCCGAGAACUUGACGAGACGCGUCUCGGCGGCCCGUGUGAUUGACACUCGGCAGCUGUUGAUCGCUAAAGGCAGAUCCGUCAUCCGUAUGGAACUUGAAGAGAUGAUGCGGGAAGCUGAGGAGACCGAGAGGAGAAAAGCACUUGCGGCCGAAGCUUGCAAAUCCAUUGUUGCCGUUAAAAUACAACAGCCAGAACUCAAAAGAAGCGUUGCCAUGUCGAUCACGGUCCCCGAUUCCGACUUUCACGAUUUCGACAAGGACAGGUCCGAGGAAUGCUUCAAGCCCAAGCAAAUAUGGGCCCUGUAUGAUGAGGAUGACGGCAUGCCUCGUCUCUACUGUCUAAUACGUGAUGUCAUAUCGUUAAACCCGUUCAAGAUCUUCAUAAGCUACCUGAGCUCGAGGUCCGACACCGAGUUCGGGCUGGUCAACUGGCUGGACUCUGGGUUCACCAAAUCGUGCGGGAAUUUCAGGGUGUUCCAUUCGGAGACCAUUGAGCAGGUCAACAUAUUCUCUCACCUGUUGAGCCGUGAGAAAGCCGGGCGAGGAGGGUGCGUGAGGAUAUACCCGAGAAAAAGGGAUAUUUGGGCGGUUUAUAAAAACUGGUCGCCUGAUUGGGACAGGUCGACACCCACUGAUGUGAGGCACCAGUAUGAGAUAGUUGAGGUUCUUGAUGAGUAUUCGGAGGAAAAGGGUGUGUGGGUGAGGCCUGUGAUAAAGCUUGACGGGUACAAGACGGUUUACCAGAGGAAUCGGGAUGAUGGUGCUGCUAGGUGGAUACCGAGAAGAGAAAUGUUGCGUUUCUCGCACCAAGUGCCUUCUUUCCCGCUUGAGGUUGAGAAGACAAAUUUGCCCGAGGGCUGUUGGGAUCUCGACCCGGCUGCCACCCCUGAUGAGUUUCUCCGCAGCCAAACAGAUUUGGAGGACCAUAAAAAUCAGGGCAAGGUUUGCGGCUCCAACCCUGACGAGAGAGGAUCGAUCGAUAUGAAUCUGGGGUAAAAGCUUAUGAAAACAUGCAAGGAUUUUCAUUCAGGGUUAAGGUAAUGUGGAGUUUUAAGAGUAUCCCUUUAAGUGUGUUGCCGCAGGUGAUACGCGAGUGGGAAAAACAGAGUUAGAAACUUUGUAUUUCGAAAAAAGUGUGCAUAAGAGUACAGAUUUGAAGAGUCUGUGUUGAUCCUGUUGUGAGAAGGUUGAAGAUAGUUUGGAGGAUUGUAGAACUAAUCAUUGGCCCUCCCUUUAAUGUUGUGGGGAAGCUUUUUAAAUCUGUUUGAGCAUUUGUAAUCGGAAUUGUUACAACAGUUGACCCGUGGUUCUAUAGAGACGUUGUUGUUGAUGAUGUUUGCUUUCUCCUCCUCCUUUUUUCUUAUUUGUUUAUCUUUUUUGGCUGUGUUCAAGUUAUGUAACUGGUAUCCAUAUUUAUGUUUUCUAUACAUUUGCGUAAUGGUGUGUUGAGAAUUGAGAUUGUGACGUGACGUUUGUUUUAUGUUGUCAGUGUCUGACCUGCGGGUCACGAACUACAUGUGUGCACUGUGGUUGAUUGGUUCUGUUGUCCUCGAGCAAUAUUAAGUGGAAGAAUAAAU